CCUGCCUCACACACACCUGUAGCAUCUCACAGAUCAAAGAAAACUCAGUGAAACUCAGUGAAUGCUGUUCCCUGAUUGAAUUAGUGAACGAUGGUGAACUAGUGAACGAACCCAAACCACAAUGAGGAGAAACAUCAUGAUCUUCAGAGCGCUGGUCCUCGCUCUUCUCUGCACAGGAUGCAGGGCAGCUCUGGUCAGCGCACAGUGCAAUUCGACUCAACUCGACGGAGCAGCAAUAGAACCAUGUAGUCUGAAAAUUAGUGACAUCACCACAACUGCCGACCCCACAGUCAUCACCAAAGCCCUGCCCAGUCUCAGCACCGUCACCGGCUGGAACCAGGGUCAGGCCAACGCCCUCAUCCAGAGCAUCACUAGUGCAGGAUUCCAGAUCAACAGUUCCUCCUCUCUGGUGUCUUUGGGAACUCUUGUUGGAGGCGUUCCCUCUGCAACCAUCAAGAACAUCCCACCCAAUGAGGUUCUGACGGCAUCCCAGAAUCCAACAUUCCUCACCAACAUUCUGUCAGCGCCAGUGAUUCUCCAGAGUUCAGUCGUCCAGAAGAUCAUCUCUGUGGACAAGACUAAAGUGGUGCAGAAUGUUCCAGAUGCUUUGGCAGCAUAUGUUCCCCCAGUGCUGCUGACAAACCUGAAAUCUGUUGAUGUUACACUGAUCAAUAAGAAGAGCUGGAGUCAACAACAGGCUGCUGUUCUGUUUGAAGCAGUUUCUAGAGUCGCAGCCGAUCCGGAAGAGCUGUCAGAGUCAUUACUGCAGGGAUUCAGCUGCAGCUCAGUUAAGGAUCUUUCACUACAGAAGAUCAGACAGCUGGUGAAAGCCUGUAGACCACGUUCAGGCAGGAACAAGGUCGUCCUGAAUGAACCUCAGCUGAUCUGCAUGUACAACUAUGUGAAAAAUGACUCCACAUUGAGUUACACUGACCUUCCUCCUGAAGUGCUUCUCUACUACAGUUAUGAUAAGGUGCCGAAGGAGAACUGCAGGUCGUACUUCAGUGCUCUGGGUUCAGCAGAUUUUUCAGUUCUUUCCAGCGUUCUCAACAAACAGUCCGUCUUGUUCAGCAACGCUCAGAACUGCCUGGGUAUAUCUGGUACUAGCCUGAACAGGGAUCAGGUGGGGGUUCUGGGUAAUAUGAUCUGCACUCUGAACCCAUCCUACAUCCAGAACUCUGAUCCACUCAUCCUGGAGAAACUGAAGAACUGUGGAGAUCUUUCUGACGCUCAGAUCACCGCCAUACAGACACUGCUAUUCUCUGGAAACACUCAGUAUGGUAAUCCCACAGAGUGGAAUCUGAAGACUCUGGAGCAGCUGGAAGUUCUACCUCUCUACCUCAAAAAAGACUUCUGGGACAAAUUCAGCUCUUCUGUGAAAGAAAUAUAUCUGAAGUCAUUUAUCCCAUUCCUGAGGAAGAGGAAAACCCAUAAGUGGAAGAUGAGUAGACUUUCUGGAGCAUCCACAGUUAGCAGAUUCAGACGUUCUGCAGACUGUACUGUCGGCACCAUCACGGCAAUUAAGAUUGCAGAGGAAUGGUUUCCUUUUGACUACGACUCCACCCAGUUUGAUUUGUGUCUGGAUGUUACUGUACUAAAUGAUAACCUGGCAGCGGUUACUGAGAAAGUGGUGGAUGAAAGCUUCCAGAUGAUCAUUCUGGACAAACUGAACCAGCUUUACCCAUCAGGUCUUCCAGAGAGUGUAGUACAGUUACUGGGCUCCACAUCCCGUGUAGCCAAUGUUAGUGACAUCAGCAAGUGGAACAUCACCACUAUUGAUACCCUGUCCUCACUGAUGAACCCAGAUGAUGGAGACUGGACUUCAGAUCAGAGUAAAGCAGUGAUUAUGAAGUAUCUCAGUGUGGAGGGGAACACUCUGGGAACUGUUGAAAUAAAUGUCAUCAGCUCCAACCUCUGUUCUUUGGAUGUCAGCAUCCUCAAGACCAUCACUGCUGAUAAUCUGCAGAAUGCAAAUAUUUUGGACAUCUCUUCAUGCUCUACUGAUCGAAAAUCAGCUCUGUACAGCAUCGCCAACUCCUCAUUCAGCAGCCAACGAAGUGACCCCACAAUGUUCAUCCUGCUCAUCAGCCCUUACUUAGGUGGAGCUCCAGUGGAAGAUAUAAGAGCUCUUUCUACUCAGAACAUCAGCAUGGACAUCAGCACCUUCCUCAGUCUGAACCCUGCUGUAAUUAUGGACCUGAGUGUGAGCAUGGUGCAGGAUCUGAUGGGGGUGAACAUUGCUGAUCUGAAGACGUUUGAGGAAUCUUCAGUAAUUCAGGCCUGGGUGGCUCAGCAGAAACAGUCUGAAUUAAACACCCUGAAUAUUGACCUGCAGGGGGGUAUAGAUGAUAUCAACACCUCUACAUCUGCUCCAGUUACCAGUACUUCCAUAACUGACAGUGAAACCACCACCAUCUCUACUGAAACCACCACCACUGCUGCUGAAACCACCACCACUGCUGCUGAAACCACCACCACAGCUGCUGAAACCACCACCACUGCUGCUGAAACCACCACCACUGCUGCUGAAACCACCGGCACUGCUGCUGUAACCACAAAUACUGCUGCUGCUGAAACAUCCACCACUGCUGCUGAAACCACCACCACUCCUGAUGCAACCAGCACCACCGGUGCUAAAUUUACAACUCCUGUUGCAACCACCACCACUGCUGCCACUGAAACCACCAUUUCUGCUGCUGAAACCACCACAACUUCUGUUACAACAACCUCUAGUGCUGAAACCACCACAACUACUGUUGAAACAACCCCCACCACUGUGGAAAUCACCAUCACUGCUGCUAAAACCAGCACAACAUUUGUUUCAAUGACCUCAACUGCUGCUGAAAUCACCACCCCAACUCAUGUUACAACGACCUCAACUGGGGCUGAAACCUCCACCACAACUCCUGUUGCAACGAUCUCAACUGCUGCUGAAAUCACCACCCCAACUCAUGUUGCUACCAACUCAACUGCUACUGAAAUCAACACCACAACUCAUGUUGCAACGAUCUCAACUGCUGCUGAAAUCAACUCCCCAACUCCUGUUGCAACAACCUCAACUGCUGCUGAAAUCACCACCCCAACUCAUGUUGCAACGAUCUCAACUGCUGCUGAAAUCAACUCCCCAACUCCUGUUGCAACAAGCUCAACUGCUGCUGAAAUCACCACCCCAAUUCCUGUUGCAACAACCUCAACUGCUGCUGAAAUCACCUCCCCAACUCAUGUUGCAGCGACCUCAACUGCUGCUGAAGUCACUACCCCAACUCAUGUUGCAGCGACCUCAACUGCUGCUGAAAUCACUACCCCAACUGCUGUUGCAUCGACCUCAACUGCUGCUGAAAUCACUACCCCAACUCCUGUUGCAACAACCUCAACUGCUGCUGAAAUCACCUCCCCAACUCAUGUUGCAACGACCUCAACUGCUGCUGAAAUCACCUCCCCAACUCAUGUUGCAUCAACCUCAACUGCUGCUGAAAUCACCUCCGCAACUCCUGUUGCAUCAAACUCAACUGCUGCUGAAAUCACCACCCCAACUCCUGUUGCAAUGACCUCAACUGCUGCUGAAAUCACCUCCCCAACUCCUGUUGCAUCAACCUCAACUGCUGCUGAAAUCACGUCCGCAACUCCUGUUGCAAUGACCUCAACUGCUGCUGAAAUCACCUCCCCAACUCCUGUUGCAUCGACCUCAACUGCUGCUGAAAUCACCACCCCAACUCCUGUUGCAAUGACCUCAACUGCUGCUGAAAUCACCUCCCCAACUCCUGUUGCAUCGACCUCAACUGCUGCUGAAAUCACCACCCCAACUCCUGUUGCAUCAACCUCAACUGCUGCUGAAAUCACCUCCCCAACUCAUGUUGCAUCAACCUCAACUGCUGCUGAAAUCACAUCCGCAACUCAUGUUGCAUCAACCUCAACUGCUGCUGAAAUCACAUCCGCAACUCAUGUUGCAUCGACCUCAACUGCUGCUGAAAUCACCACCCCAACUCCUGUUGCAAUGACCUCAACUGCUGCUGAAAUCACCUCCCCAACUCCUGUUGCAUCGACCUCAACUGCUGCUGAAAUCACCACCCCAACUCCUGUUGCAUCAACCUCAACUGCUGCUGAAAUCACCUCCCCAACUCAUGUUGCAACAACCUCAACUGCUGCUGAAAUCACCACCCCAACUCAUGUUGCAUCAACCUCAACUGCUGCUGAAAUCACCACCCCAACUCAUGUUGCAUCAACCUCAACUGCUGCUGAAAUCACCACCCCAACUCAUGUUGCAACAACCUCAACUGCUGCUGAAAUCACCACCCCAACUCAUGUUGCAUCAACCUCAACUGCUGCUGAAAUCACCUCCCCAACUCAUGUUGCAUCAACCUCAACUGCUGCUGAAAUCACCACCCCAACUCAUGUUGCAUCAACCUCAACUGCUGCUGAAAUCACCUCCCCAACUCAUGUUGCAUCAACCUCAACUGCUGCUGAAAUCACCUCCCCAACUCAUGUUGCAUCAACCUCAACUGCUGCUGAAAUCACCUCCCCAACUCCUGUUGCAUCAACCUCAACUGCUGCUGAAAUCACCACCCCAACUCAUGUUGCAUCGACAUCAACUGCUGCUGAAAUCACCACCCCAACUCAUGUUGCAUCGACAUCAACUGCUGCUGAAAUCACCACCCCAACUCAUGUUGCUACGACCUCAACUGCUCCUGAAACCACCACCCCAACUUCUGUUGCAUCAACCUCAACUGCUGCUGAAAUCACCACCCCAACUCAUGUUGCAACAACCUCAACUGCUGCUGAAAUCACCACCCCAACUCAUGUUGCUACGACCUCAACUGCUGCUGAAAUCACCACCCCAACUCAUGUUGCAACAACCUCAACUGCUGCUGAAAUCACCACCCCAACUCAUGUUGCUACGACCUCAACUGCUGCUGAAAUCACCACCCCAACUCAUGUUGCAACAACCUCAACUGCUGCUGAAAUCACCACCCCAACUCAUGUUGCAUCAACCUCAACUGCUGCUGAAAUCACCUCCCCAACUCCUGUUGCAUCAACCUCAACUGCUGCUGAAAUCACCACCCCAACUCAUGUUGCAUCGACAUCAACUGCUGCUGAAAUCACCACCCCAACUCAUGUUGCAUCAACCUCAACUGCUGCUGAAAUCACCUCCCCAACUCCUGUUGCAUCAACCUCAACUGCUGCUGAAAUCACCACCCCAACUCAUGUUGCAACAACCUCAACUGCUGCUGAAAUCACCACCCCAACUCAUGUUGCUACGACCUCAACUGCUGCUGAAAUCACCACCCCAACUCAUGUUGCUACGACCUCAACUGCUCCUGAAACCACCACCCCAACUUCUGUUGCAUCAACCUCAACUGCUGCUGAAAUCACCACCCCAACUCAUGUUGCAUCAACCUCAACUGCUGCUGAAAUCACCACCCCAACUCAUGUUGCAUCAACCUCAACUGCUGCUGAAAUCACCUCCCCAACUCCUGUUGCAUCAAACUCAACUGCUGCUGAAAUCACCACCCCAACUCCUGUUGCAAUGACCUCAACUGCUGCUGAAAUCACCACCACAACUCCUGUUGCAACGACUUCAACUGCUGCUGAAAUCACCACCCCAACUCAUGUUGCAUCAACCUCAACUGCAGCUGAAAUCACCACCCCAACUCAUGUUGCAACGACCUCAACUGCUGCUGAAAUCACCACCUUAACUUCUGUUGCAACGCCCUCAACUGCUGCUGAAAUCACCACCCCAACUCAUGUUGCAUCAACCUCAACUGCUGCUGAAAUCACCUCCCCAACUCAUGUUGCAUCAACCUCAACUGCUGCUGAAAUCACCACCCUAACUCCUGUUGCAAUGACCUCAACUGCAGCUGAAAUCACCACCCCAACUCCUGUUGCAUCAACCUCAACUGCUGCUGAAAUCACCUCCCCAACUCAUGUUGCAACGACCUCAACUGCUGCUGAAAUCACCACCCUAACUCCUGUUGCAUCAACCUCAACUGCUGCUGAAAUCACCUCCGCAACUCAUGUUGCAACGACCUCAACUGCUGCUGAAAUCACCACCCUAACUCCUGUUGCAAUGACCUCAACUGCUGCUGAAAUCACCACCCUAACUCCUGUUGCAAUGACCUCAACUGCUGCUGAAAUCACUACUGUUGGAACCACAACUAGUCUGUCUGAAUCCUCCACCACUGCUAUUGGCAGCACCACCACAUCAGAUUUCUGCACAUUCCUCAACAACUACAACAGUAUCGACCAGUACCUGGAGAAGGAGCCGGUUGUAUCUGCAGCUGUGGGCAGGCAGACGUUGGCAUGUGUUUGGUCUCGUGCUCUCAGUGCGUCGUCUCAGGAUGAGGUGGAUCAGUGGUUUAAUGUCAGACUGGGUCGGUACCUGCCCUUCCUCAGCUCUCAGCUCAUCAACUCCACUCAGCUCAGCGGCGCCUCCUGCCUGUCCUACAGGAAACUGGUUUCAGUUCUGGGGAACAACUAUAAUUUCUCAGGCACUGAUUUCACCCCAGCUGAUGUCUACAGCUCUAUAAAGUCUUAUCUGAAAAGCAGUGAUGGAUCUCCACGCUGUUAUAACCCCUCUGAUCCCAUUCUGAACUCCACUGCCUGGUUUUCUAACAACAUUGGAUUCUUCAUCACCUUCAUCACCCUCACUGACCUCCAGUCCUUUUUAUCAGACAGCAAGAUCGGUGUGUUCCUGGAAAAUCCUCAGAAUCUCCAGCUGUUUAACAACACAGCAAUUUCAGCCGACGUCACCAAAUACUACAGCUCCCAGUUAUUCAUCCAGAACCCUGCAUUAAACCCCCUCAGUUUUCAAGGUGUUCUCUCGUGUGGAGCUCCUGGCUCUGUGUUCAUGUCUAUUGGAUCUGAAAAUGCCAAGACCAUGCUGGACAACAUUAAUAAAUUCUGCAGUGCGAUUGAUCCCCAGGUCUCAGCAGCACUAGUCAGAAACUUCCCCACUAUAUCCACCUCCACCAUCCAGACACUUGGAAACCAGAGUGUUGGUCUGACACAGGGUCAGAUAUCCACUCUGACCCCCACUGUGAUUAACAGUACUCUGCCUACACUCAGCACCGUCACAGGCUGGAACCAGGGUCAGGCCAACGCCCUCAUCAAGAGCAUCACUAGUGCAGGAUUCACUAUCAACAGCGCCUCCUCUCUGGUGUCUUUGGGAACUCUUGUUGGAGGCGUUCCCUCUGCAACAAUCAAGAACAUCCCAUCCACUCAGGUUCUGACUGCAUCCCAGAAUCCAAAAUUCAUCACCAACAUUCUGUCAGCGCCAGUGAUUCUCCAACGUUCAGUUGUCCAGAAGAUCAUCUCUGUGGACAAGACUAAUGUGGUGCAGAAUGUUCCAGAUGCUUUGGCAGCAUAUGUUCCCCGAGUGCUGCUGACAAACCUGAAAUCUGUUGAUGUUACACUGAUCAAUAAGAAGAGCUGGAGUCAACAGCAGGCUACAGUGCUGUUUGGAGCCGUUUCUAAAUCCACAGUUGAUACAGAAGUGCUGUCAGAGUCAUUACUGCAGGGAUUCACCUCCAGCUCAAUAAAGACUCUAUCACAGCAGAAGAUCAGACAGCUGGUAACAGCCUGUAGACCACGUCCAGACAGGAACAAGGUCGUCCUGAAAGAGUCUCAGCUGUCCUGCAUGUACAAUGCUAUGAAAUAUGACACAACUCUGAGCUUCACUGACGUACCUUCAGACAUGCUGCUCUACUACAGCUAUAGUAGGGUUAAGACAGUGAACUGCAGGUCGUACUUCAGUGCUCUGGGUGCAGCAGAUUUCUCGGUUCUUUCCAGCGUUCUCAGCAAACAGACGUUGUUCAAGAACGCUCAGAGCUGCCUGGGUAUAUCUGGGUUUAAGCUGAGCAAGGAUCAGGUGGGGGUUCUGGGUAAUAUGAUCUGCACACUGAACCCAUCCUACAUCCAGAACUCUGAUCCACUCAUCCUGGAGAAACUGAAGAACUGUGGAGAUCUUUCUGACACUCAGGUCACCGCCAUACAGACACUGCUAUUCUCUGGAAACACUCAGUAUGGCAAUCCCUCAGCAUGGAAUCUGAAGACUCUGCAGCAGCUGGGAAUUCUACCCCUCUACCUCAAGCAAGACUUCUGGGGAAAAUUUACUUUUAAUAUAAGAAAAAUGUUUUUAAAAUCAUUCCUGCCAUUCCUGAAGAAGUUGAAAACCCCUCAAGGGAAGCUGAGCAGAUUGAUCACAUCAUGUACAGUUACCAGAUCCAGACGUUCUGCAGACUGUACUGUCGGCACCAUCACAGCUGUGACGAUCGAGGAUGAAACGUUUCCUAUUGACUAUGACUCCACCCAGUUUGAUUUGUGUCUGGAUGUUACUGUACUAAAUGAGAACCUGGCAGCGGUUACUGAGAAAGUGGUGGACACCAGCUUCCAGAUGAUCAUUCUGAACAAACUGAACCAGCUUUACCCAUCAGGUCUUCCAGAGAGUGUAGUACAGUUACUGGGCUCCACAUCCCGUGUUGCCAAUGUUAGUGACAUCAGCAAGUGGAGCAUUACCACAAUUGAUACCCUGUUCUCACUGAUGAACCCAGAUGAUGGAGACUGGACUUCAGAACAGAGUAAAGCAGUGAUUAUGAAGUAUCUCAGUGUGGAGGGGAACACUCUGGGAAUGGAUGAACUAAAUGCCAUUGACUCCAACCUCUGUUCAUUGGACAUCAGCGUCCUCAAGACCAUCACUGCUGAUAGUCUGGGAAAUACAAAUACAUAUGACAUCUCUUCAUGCUCUACUGAUCAGAAAUCAGCUCUGUACAGCAUCGCCAACUCCUCUUUCAGCAGCGAACGAAGUGACCCCACAACAUUCUUCCUGCUCAUCAGCCCUUACUUAGGUGGAGCUCCAGUGGAAGAUAUAAGAGCUCUUUCUACUCAGAACAUCAGCAUGGACAUUAGCACCUUCCUCAGUCUGAACCCUGCUGUAAUUAUGGACCUGAGUGUAAGCACAGUGCAGGAUCUGAUGGGGGUGAACAUUGCUGAUCUGAAGACGUUUGAGGAAUCUUCAGUAAUUCAGGCCUGGGUGGCUCAGCAGAAACAGUCUGAAUUGAACACCCUGAAUAUUGACCUGCAGGGGGGUAUAGAUGAUAUCAACACCUCUACAUCUGCUCCAGUUACCAUUGAUGUUAAUACCAACGCUACUGAAAGUCACACUAGUACAACUGCUUUUGAGAGCAUCACCAGUAGUAGUCAGGGGACAUCUACAGUUGUUUUUUGUCAAGGUGUAGACAGCCACCUACUUGAGACUCAGCUCCAAUCUGAAGAUUCAUCAGAAGUUCUCUGCAGCUUCAAUAUUUCUCUUUACGCCUGUUCAUCUAUUGCUGUUCUGUCCUCCAAAAAUCUGACCUCACUUCUGACAUGUAAAUUGUCAAGCAACAUCAGCUAUUCCACAGAGAUCUGGACCCUUUUUUUCCAAAGAUUUUCAGCACAGCUGGAUGAAGCUCUGGAUGCAUACUCCAACAUGACUCUCAUCGCCAGUCUGACCGACCCGCAUGUUCUCGAUGCCAUCGGUGAGGUGAAAGUCAACAACUUCACCGAGGAACAGCUUACGGAUGCUGUUUUUAUCAACAAGUGGUUCCAGAUCAGGCUCAGACCAUUUUUAUCCACAGCAUCAAAGGAUUUCCUUUCUCAUCUCAGUUCCAAGAAAUUUAACUGUCUGAGCUACCAAGUUGUUGUGGAGGCUUUCAGUUCUCAAGAACCUCUAAUGAAGAACCAGCAGAAACUUUCGGUCAUUACCGAUUUCAUCAUUCCUUUCCUGUCAAGAGCUGACCUGUCAGAUGCCGGGUGCAUGUCCAGUACUUCUGGAAGUAGGAACUGGCUAUUGAAGAACUUUGGCAAGUUCUCCAAGUAUGCAACUUUGGAAGAGCUGGACAUUCUAAAUUCAGAUUUCUCCAGUUUUGAUUCUUUGGAUCUGCUGACCCCAAGCCAAGCAGCUGAACUCACUCUGACCUCUGGACCACUGAACAGCACAAGUCAGAUCGACCGAGUGUUUGACAGACUAAAGACUGGAGAUGCUUUCAACAACGUGGAUGAAUUUUUAACAACGCUCUCUGAUCUGAAGGUAAGUGGCACGCUUAAACUACCUCAAAUUUGUUGCUCAACAACCCAUGCAAUGAGGCGGCAUCCAUGA